CCAAUCCUCACGCAUAUUGUUUCUUUGGUAGCUCCAUUUCUCAACUGCGUUCAUAAACAUUAUAUAUAUUCUUGUAGUUUUGUAAUAAAAUGACUUCAAAGAGGAGCGAAGGCGAAUGGCAGGGGCUGGUGAACGAGUAUUUGAUAUGUAAAAGAAAACUGGAGAGCAAGAAGGAAGCUCUGUUGAUUCUCUCCAAGGAGCUUGAUACGUGCCAACAAGAGCGGGACCAGUACAAACUAAUGGCUAAUCAGCUACGGGAGCGCCAUCAAUCACUGAAGAAAAAGUACAGAGAACUCAUAGAUGGUGAUCCUACUCUCCCUCCAGAAAAGCGGAAUCAGGCAAACCUUGCGCAACUAUUGAGUAGUUCUCGAGAGCGGAAUAAACAGCUGACAGAGGAAAUUAAGGAACUCCAGCAGAGACUGACUGAAGCACAGGGUGACAACAAGCUCCUACGAAUGACUAUUGCAAAACAGCGCCUAGGUGAUGAAGAAGUAGGGGCUCGUCAUUUUCCUGCACAUGAACGUGAGGACCUUGUUCAGCAGUUGGAAAAAACACGUGAACAGAUUGAACGCUUGGAUCAUGACUAUCAAGCAGCGGUGGAUGAGCUUCAGGAUGUUAAGGUCGAACGCGCUUUCUACCAGGAGAAAUCUGACCGUCUAAAUCAAGAGAUUAACCAUAUUCUUGGAGGACAUGAAAACCGUAUAAUUGAUGUUGAUGCAUUGUGCAUGGAGAACAGGUAUCUGCAUGAACAUUUGAAGCAGAUCCAAGAAGAAGUCAACAUCCUUAAAAAUAACAUUUCUAAAUAUAAGAAUGCUCUUGAGCGUAAAAAGCACCUGAAGUCGAGUGGAAGGAGCAGCAGUAGUGCACUUACAGGAGUUCUUUCUGCUAAACAAGUCCAGGAACUAUUGUCAGAAGAUCAUGGUUGCAGUCUACCAGCGACUCCACAGUCCAUUUCAGAUCUGAAAUCAUUGGCAACUGCUUUACUUGAGACAAUUCAUGACAAGAACAUGGUUCUUCAGCAUCAACGACAGACUAACAGAAUUCUGGGCAAUCGUGUGGCUGAAUUGGAAAAAAAACUGAGAACUUUGGAAGUUUCUGGUUUGUGGAGUCUUCCAGAUGCAACAGGCCGGAUACACCUUUUCAGCAGUUAUACAGGAGGCAAGGAGACUCUAACAUUAACUGAUGCUGCCAUACCUGUGGAUCUAAGACCAAAGUCACCUAUGUUUGUGGGCAUUGAGCAACAGCUACAGCAGAAUGAUGAAUUAAAAGGUCAAGGAACUCCACUUCUGUCCUCAGCACCAGAGUUCUCUGGUAAGGAGAAAAAAUCCAGAGAAUCUGAAGAAAUGCAGGUGGAACGAAAGGAUAGUUGCGCAAGUCCAGUAUUUUUACCUUUGGAAACAGACUCCCAGACAACGCAAAUUUAUCCAUCAAUGUCCCAAUCCAAUCCAGGGGAUGAAAUAACAAAGAUGACUGAGAAGUUAGCUACUGCUGAGUUAAGCGAUGGCUAUAAUGAAACAUGUGCUUUGAAAGAGCAGUGCAUGGUGACAUCUCAGAACGAUGGUGAUAUUUCAUCUGUUUUUGAAUCCCCACCAGCUAGAACAGAUGCAGCAAACCCAUCUGAUUCUGAGAGUGACCACUGGAUUCAAAAUAAUGAAUCACCUGGCGCCCUGGAAAGUAAUAUAGAUUGCGUGUCAUCAAACACGACUUCCAAAAUAAAUUCAGAUUCUCAGUUGCACAGUUUGUUGACCACAGAUCUGUCAAUAUUUGAGGGUUCUACAAAAAGUACUAAUGAAAGUCACAAAGGAAAUAUAGCAUAAUUUGCUUGCUAACUUUAUAUUUUAGUUUACGCCUAUAGUUUAAAGACUAUUGCCCUUAAUUAAAAAUUAUUAUAAAGCUCUUAAACUUAAUUUGAGACCAGGUGAAACUGUAAUUCUUUUAAAAGCAAAUCAUCAGUACUUUGUUAGUUGUGAUAUGAAUGUUUAUGCAUCUUGUUUUGUGAGCUGAAUUCUAUCAAAGACAGACUAUUCACAUAUCUGCAUUGGUAAAGUAGAAUAAAUAAUUACACUGAAAAAUAUAAUAAGGAUAGGGUUUUCGUCAAAACCUUUUUCUAUCUUUUUUCCAAGUGCACAAUAUUUUAAGAAAAUCAAUUUAUAACAUUUGAUUCCUUAUGUUAUAUGGCAUGACUCGAGAAACCAGUAGAAAAAGUCUUCAGUGGAAUGUGCUUUUCAAACUAUUGGGUUUCAAAAUGUUUCUGCCAAGAACAAGAGAUUUACUCUGGGUAAAAUGCUGUACCAGGAACUCUGAGCUUGAUUCACAACAAUUGCUAGAAAUAGGAGGGACUGUAGUUUGAAAUUUGAAUUUGAAUGAUUGCAGAGGUGUACCCUUUAAUAUACCCUGACUGAACUUGUGGAUUUCCAAUAUUUUCUAUUUCUGAUUUCCAGCGAUUUGCAUUUUUAAAAUUCAUUUUAGUACUUGUAACUCUCUUAUGUGUUACAAUUGGAAUUCCUCCAGAUCGAAGUAAUGUGUGGUAAAGGAGCAAGACAAAGGGUUGUUACAGUCACUUCAUUAAAUAAGAUAGAGUUGUUCCUGGAAUAAAGAAAGAAAACUGCUUCCACAAGUUUUAUAUUUACUCACAGUGAUGUGCCACCAUUAUUAUUGCAUGUUGGCAGGCAACAGCCCCAAUUCUCAAUGCAAACAAUAAAUUGUUUUAUUCAUGAAUUGCUAACAUGAGAUUUAUACACUAUUUUGAUUUUCUAAAUUGAAAAAGUGAGAAGUUGGAAGAAGGAGGAAAUGACAUGGUCAAUAUUGCAAAUUUUCCAUAUUUCAUUAAUAACUCAUGGCUUAUUAUACCUGGAGGAUAUAUUCAUUGUAGUAAUAUAAAUAAUGUAUUUGUUUUAGUAAUUAUUUUUAUUAAUUAGCAUAGAUUUUUGCCAGUGACAAGAACCAUAGGUGCUGUGUGCUGAAUUUUACAGUUUGUGUGUUUAAUGCUAGAAGCAAGAAUAUAUUAAGGACAUGUACUAAUUAUUUGUGGAGGUGAAGAGUGGGAGGUAGUGGUCCUUUAUCAAUUGCUUCAGUGUGGAGUAUCCACCCACAGGACUAUAACGUUUUGCAAUACGCUUCUUACUUUAUGUGGAGUUCUGAUCUAAUAGUUUUCCAAGAAUUAUCAAGGUUCACAAUUUGUGUAUACUAAUAUGACCAAAUUUCCGGCCCCUCCCACCAACAGGAUCCUCUGGUCCGAAGUCAGCCGAGAUUUGAAUGGCUCGCCGCAUCCACGCCGCAGAGUGCUGAAAAAUCCUGGUUUACAAUGGUGAUAAUUACAUGAGUAAUGAAGAGAAUUGUCAUGGCUUUACACUAUUUUAAGGACUACUAUAGUCAGGUAGAGGCUUAGCGUUAGCAUUCCAAAGAUUGUUUUCCAUGCCAAAAUCUCUGUAACAUAGGUAUUUAUUCUUUACUUUGGCUACAACCUUUUCCAUUUCACGCUGUACAGUUAAAUCAAGAGCAGCAGCACUAUACAACAUCACAGAAAAGAGGAAAAUAACAAUAACUUUUGACUGAAUCUGAGGGGGAAAAAAUGUCUAAGUAAAUAACCAUGCCGUUGUGCCAUUUUAUGUGUUACUUAUAACUUUGUUGGUGAUGGAAAUUAGGUUGUUCACAAUAUUUAAUGUUUUCUAGGCUAUCAAUAGCCUUCACACUGAGAAAAGACGGUGCUAUUAUUUUACUUGGCACUUGAUAGGAGUUUUGUUGUAAGCUGCGAGCCAUCAUCGGAUCCAUGUCAAAAAAGAUUAUUUUUCUAAUGAACUCGCAAGGAUUGAGCUGGUUUCUUUUCUAAAUUGUCGAUCUCAAAACAAAGAUCAUCUCCUUGCAGAAAAGUACAUUUUAAAGAGAGGGUACUGACACCUUGGAGUUCUUGAGUAGGUUUAGUUUCACAGAUUUUCCCAGGGCAGCUGCCUCAUAUUCUCGCUAUUAUAGCAGAGCUUUUGAAAUACAUUAUUUUUAAUAAAGUUAAUAAAUCAGUAGAAAUAGAUUCUUUUGAUAGGAAGUGUUCAUUCUGAUGUCACUUGUGUCGUCGUCUUUGAUGACAAAUGAUCCAGUCCACUUAAGAGUUUAUUUACAGGCAUUUGCAAUGCCAUUGACUUUUCUGUCACAUUUAUUAGUUUUAGGUUUAGUGAUUCUCAGGUUGUUUAUUUACAUUUAAUUUUAUUCCUUUUAUGACUUGAUAAUCAAGUCAAACAUUUUGUCACUGUUCAGGAACCAGAUUAGAAAUAAAGAUUUUUAGGCCCAAAGCCUAAAACAUUUUUGGGUUGUUUCUCCUUAAUUUAUUUGUGUUCCUAUUGUUUUCUGAAAAUUAUUGUCAGGCGAGAAAUUGGUGAUAAUUACAGUAGUGCCUGGAUGGAGAUAAAUCAUUAUUUUGUACUGUAUUAAUUAUGUUUAUUUAAAUUGAAAGAUUGUAAAGGAUUGCACUAUUCCAAACAUGUUUCCUUCACCAGCAAGCACAUCUUAGAUUAGAGGAUUUUAAUGGUAUUGCUAUUAAUGAAAUUUGAAGAAAAAAUUGUGAAAAUACAGUGGAGGACAUACUUUGUAGAAGCCUUAAAUAAAUAUUUGCAACUUG